UGCCUUCACUGGUUGCUCUGGCACGGGGCAGAUGUAACACUCGUAACGGGCCGAGGCUGGACAGCGGCUCACCUUGCAGCUAUCCGAGGCCAGGACGCUUGCAUGCAGGCUUUGUUAAUAAACGGAGCAAACGCAGAGGCUCGAGAUGAUCGUGGCUGCACGCCGUCCCACUUGGCUGCAGCCCAUGGGCAGUCGUACACCUUGCAGACCGUACUGCGAAGUGGAGCGAAUGUCAAUGUUUCAGACAGGAAUAACUGGAAGCCUGUUCAUUACGCUGCUUUUCAUGGCCGCUUGGGCUGUUUGCAGCUUCUUGUUAGAUGGGGAGCGUGUCUGGAUGAUGUGGAUGACAACGGAAACCUUCCAG